AUGGAGCAUUACUACGCCGAGAUGCCGGUUCAGGCCCUGGAUCAGCCUCCUUUGCCGCCCGAGGACGGCGCACCGCCACCGCCGCCGUUGCCGCCCGAAGGGGACGCCGCCCCGCCCCCGCCCCCGCCGCCACCCCCGCCACCGCCCCCAGGCGCGGAAGGCAGCGUCGGCAUGCCGUACCAAGAGCAGUCGCAGCAGCAGGAGCAGCAGCCCGCCCAACUAGAUGAGUCCAUGUACCUUCAGAUGAGUGCGGAGCAGCAGCAGGAGUACCUGCAGCAGUGGGAGCAGUGGCAGCAGUGGCAGGCGUACUACGCGCAGCAGCAGCAAAUGCAGGACCUGCAGCAGAUGCAGGCCCAGCAGAUGCAGUUGCAGUCGACUAUGGCGCUGCAGCAGCAGAUGGCGGGGGGAGCGGGCGCAGCUGGCAUGGGCAUGGGCGGGGCCGUGGGUAUGACGAUGGGCGUCAACCACGCUGCAGUGGCGUCUGCCCAGGGCCUGCAGCAGCAGCCAUAUGCACAGCAGCAGGCAAUCGCACAGCAGCAGGCUUUUGCGCAGCAGCAGGCGUUUGCGCAGCAGCAGCACCACCAGCAGCAGCAGCAGCAGCAGCAGCAACAGCAGCAGCUUGGCGCGGCUAUGGUGCCGCCGCAGAUGGGCAUGGAUCCUCUGGCCCACCAGCAGCAGGCGCCCUAUGUGGCCGCUCCUCACGGCUACUACGACCCUUCUCUCGCAGCGGGCGCCGCAGUGGGGAUGCAGCAUCCGGGGAUGUUGCAGCAUCAGCACUUCAACGGGCAAGCGGCCGCCGCGGCCGCUGGCGCCGCCGCAAAGCGCUCGGCGGUGCCCAGCUGGCUGCGGGAAGAGAUGGCGCGGCGCGCGGCCGCCGCCGCGCGGGGCGGCGGGGCUGGCCACAGCGGCGGCGGCGGCGCAGGCGGGGCCGCGGCCGAUCAGGAGGCCGCCGCGCCGCCGCGGACGCAGAGCGGGAGCGCCGGCGGCUCCCGGUGGGGUGGGCUCGGGGCUGGGGGCGAGGAGGGGGCCGACGAGGAGGAGGACGCGGCGGCGGUGGCGGCGGCGCGCAAGCGGAUUAUAGAUCGAGAGAUCAAGGCCAGCCUGACGGCGAUUCUGAUCGAAGUCACCGACAACCUGUUCUUGGAGGUUGCGCGGGAGGUGUACCAAGGAGAGGGCGCGGCGGCCGACAGCACCGGCGCGGAGGAGUCGCCCGCCGCAGCCGGCGCGGCGGCGGGGGACGCCGUGGAGGAGGGCCCGGCCGAGGGCGUCGCGCGCGUCCGCGUGGAUCCAGAGGCGGCGGGGGGGCUGCUGGUUGGGUACGGGUCCGACUCAGAGGACGAGGAAGGCGAGGGCGGUGGCGGCGGCGGGGGCAUUGCUGCGCCCAACGGCGGCAGAGGGACCGGCGCAGGGGCCGGCGGCGCGGGCGGCGCGCAGAACGGCUCGCCGGCGGCCCAUGCGCGGGCUGCUGCCAACGGUCGGGCUGAGUUGGGUCGCGAGGCGGCGGCGGCCCCGCAGCAACAGCAGCAGGCAGAGGGGGAGGCAAGCGCAUCUGCGGUCACGGCGUCAGCAGGCGGCAGGGAGCCCGUCGGCACGCGCGUCGAGCCCGAUGCCGCAGCUGCGCCCGCCGCGCCCGCCCCGGCGUCGCCGCCACCGCACCAGCAGCGGCGGCCGCACGCGGCGCCAAAGGACGAUCUUGUCAGGGGCCAAAUCGUGUGGCUGGAGCGCGGCGGCCGCCGCGUCCCGAGCAAGGUCCUCAGCUGCCUGGCGGACGGCACGUACAGCCUCAUGGCGGAGGGCCGCCUCUCAAAGGCAGCGCGCCACGAACUCUUGACGCAGCAGGACCACGAGCAGGAGCAGCAGCGGCAGAGCGAGCAGCGGCGUGAAGCGGCGGCGGCGCAGGAGGCUGCGGAAGCACGCGUAGCGGCGGCGGCGGCGGCGGCGGCAGGCGCAGCGGUGCAGCAGCAGCAGGUGCUGCAGGAUGACGAGGAUGUAGAUAUGGAGGUUGAGGAUGGCGGGAAUGUUUCUGAGGCAGCUGCGCAGCAGCUGCAGCAGCAACAGCAGCAGCAGCAGCAGGUGGUGCCAUUGGCGCAGCAGGAGGAGCAGAAGCAGCAAACAUUGCCCCAUGUCCAGCAGCCACUAAUACAGCAGCAGCAUCAGAAGCAGCAGCAGCAGCAGCAGGCAGAGGCAGCCGCGGGCGUCGCAGAUCCCGCCGCAUCGCUGAGGGCGGCCGCCGCCGCCGCAGCGGCGGCAGCGAUCGCUGCGGCGGCGCGAGGCGGGAGCAGUGGAGGUGCUUCAAAGAAGGGCGGUGCGGCACAGCGGGAGCAGGCCCUGGGCGCCGCAGCAGGAGCAGCAGCAGGGAUGCCGAGCGGCGGCGGGCGGACGAGCGGCGGCGCGGCAGCCGGAGCCGCAGCAGGGAGCGCCGACGCGAGUCAAGGCGGUCCCCACACCGCAGCCGCAGCCGCAGCCGCGGCAGGGACGGCGAGCGGCACCGAGGCCGCCGGCGCAGCCCCAGCAGGAGCCGGAGCCCGCGCGACCGGCGGCAGCGGCGGCGGAGCGACCACCACCGCUCGCGAUCGGGCAGCAGAGGGGGCCGCGCACGGGACCGCAGUCGUAGCCGCAGUCGCAGUCGGAGCCGCGGCCACUGGCGGCGCAGCCGCAGCCGCAGCCGCAGCCGCAGCAGGGGCCGCGACCGCUCGCGAGGGCGGCGUUGACUCAACCUUCUUCCCCAGGAUGCAACUUUCACCGUCGCUUCCCCGACCAGCCGCAACAGAUGUGGCUGCCAGUUGUGGGACCACAAAGAUCACAGGCACCGCACUCGCAGUAACCCAGCAGGCACUGCAGCACUAA